UUUAAAAUAAAUAUAAUAAAUAUUUAAUUAAACGGAACCAGUCGAGACUUGGUCAGACCGGCUCGACCAGGCCCAACGAACGAUGUCCGAGUAUCGGGGCAUGUCCGAUGCCCGCAAGCAGACGGAGAAAAAAAAUUAAAAAUUUACCUUUCGAUGACAGCGACGACUGCAACAGCGGCGAGAGGGAGCUCCAGUGGAUUGGAUCUCAGGAGGUUGCCGGCGUCUGUGGUCUGUGGCUGGCAAUGGAGGUUGCAAAGUGGCUGGCUGCAGUUGUGAUUGGUGGCGAAGGUCGAGGCUGGGGGGCGGAGGGAGCCGCGACGGUUGAAGAUUUUGGGAUAGAAGGGAAGGGAGGCGAGGGGUUGGGUUGGAUUGGAUUGGAGUAGAUAAGUUUAGGGUUUUAAAUUAUAGCAGGGGCAAAUUCAUCAUAUUUUUUGUAAAUAUGGGCGACAAAUAAUAAAACUAUGGACGACAAAUAUCAAUUAAUCUUAUAUUAGCUUUAUAUUAGCUUCAAUAAUUACCGGUGAGAAAACAAGUAUCAUUACCGACUAAAAGUUUAAAACAAGUAUCAUUGCACCUAGCCACUAUCUGAUAAGAUAUGAGGAUUGACCAAAAUGGUUACCAAAAUGGUUGUAAGCAAAGCAAACACUUGUAUGAGUUUGUCGAGUAUUUAUGGUGGUUGGAUUAAUCUCGAACAUAUUUAUCUGGAUUCUAAUGAUAAAAAAGUUUUCCCAUUGGCCUAAUGAAUCAGCUAAGGGCUA